AUGGCGGAACAACAGAGAAUUGUACUUGAAAGUUUAAUGGGUAAAGAAACAUCCAUACGACGUAAAGAUCCAGAAAUGACUAAUCCAAAAGUGUGUCGUAGUUUUUUAGUUGGAACAUGUCCCCAUGAUUUAUUUAUUGGUACUAAACAAGAUUUAGGUAAAUGUCCAAUGUUACAUUUACAAAAACAUAAAUUAGAAUAUGAAUAUCGUACUAAGAAAUUAGGUGAAAAGUUUCCUGAAUUAGAAUAUGAUUAUUAUAAACAAUUACAAUCAUAUAUUCAUGAAUUAGAUCGAAAUAUUGCCAUUGCUACUAAAAGAUUAGAACAUACCCCCGAGGAGAAACUUAAAAUUGAAAAAGUGACUAAAGAAUUAGAUGAUGUAGAUAUGACCAUUGGAUUAAUGAUUCAAGAAAUUGAAUUCUUAACUUCAACCAAUCAAUCAAUGAAAGUAUUGGAACAAUCAAUUAAAUUGAAUGAAUUAUGUGACAAGAGGAAUAAAUUAGCUCAACAGGCAAGAAAUAUAGUUGAGAAUGUUGGUCAAGCAUCACAACAGAAAUUACAAGUAUGUGAAGGAUGUGGAGCGUAUUUAUCUCGAUUAGAUAAUGAUAGAAGAUUGGCUGAUCAUUUUGUGGGGAAGAUUCAUUUAGGUUAUGUACAAAUGAGACAAGCUUAUGAUGAAAUGAAUCAUAGAUAUAAAAGAACUGGAUAUAUAUAG